UGCUGUUUACAAAGUGCAUCUCACGAGGCGAGGAACCUCUCAUCAUGGCUUCCUACUACGCCUUUGCCUUUUUACUAGCGUGUAUUGGCCUCACCGCAGCGACAUUUGGAGGUCACGAACACGUCCAUAUCAGGGUACACAUACCAGACGAUCAUCAUUCAACGGAGCAUCACGAUGACCACGGCCAUGGAGGGUACGGUGGAGGCGGUGGAUUUGCCGAACAUCUUCACGGAGGCUUUGCUGACCACCUAAAAGGGGAGCACGAUCAUGGGGGAUUUGGUGGUGGUUUCGGCGGUGGACUUGGUGGUGAUUCUGGCCAUGGAUAUGAUCUUGGUGGUCAUGGAGGGGGCCACGGCGGUGGGUUCGGAGGUGGUCACGAUGUUGGAGGGCAUGGCGGUGGUUAUGGAGGUGGAUUUGGUGGUGGACAUGACAUAGGAAGUCAUGGAGGUGGAUUUGGAGGUGGACAUGACUCAGGAAGCCAUGGGGGCGGAAUUAGCGGUGGCCAUGACAUCGGAGGACAUGGGGGUGGAUUCAGUGGUGGCUAUGACAUCGGAAGCCAUGGGGGCGGAUUUGGAGGUGGCCAUGAUAUCGGAGGCCAUGGGGGAGGAUUUGGAGGUGGCCAUGAUAUCGGAGGCCAUGGGGGAGGAUUUGGAGGUGGUCAUGAUAUCGGAGGUAAUGUAGGCGGAUUUGGAGGUGGCCAUGAUAUCGGAGGGCAUGGGGGUGGAUUUGGAGGUGGCCAUGCUAUCGGAGGGCAUGGGGGUGGAUUUGGAGGUGGACAUGAUAUCGGAGGGCAUGGGGGUGGAUUUGGAGGUGGCCAUGAUAUCGGAGGGCAUGGAGGUGGUUUUGGAGGUGGCCAUGACUUAGGGGGCCAUGGAGGUGGAUUAGAUAUUGGAGGCCAUAGUGGUGGUUUUGGAGGUGGAUACGGAGGUGGAAAUGAUAUCGGAGGUCAUGGAGGAUUCGGAGGCUCUGGUCAUGGUCAUGGAGGUUUUGGCGGACAAGGUGGUUAUGGUGGUGGCAUCGGGCACGGCGGAGGGGGAUUUGGAGGUGAUCACGGCCACGGUGGCAUAGACAUCGGACAUGGCCAUGAUUCCCACAGUGGUGGACAUUCAGGAGGUCAUGGAAGCCAAGACAGUUACACACUCGCUUUAUCCAGCCACGGUUCUGGAGGACUCGGUGACUUUGGGGGCCACGACAGUUACUCCGGUAGUCACGGAGGCGACAGUUAUAGCGUAGGCGGAGGUCAUGGGGGACUUGGAGGGCAUGGCGAUAGUUACAGUUUGGGUGGGGGAGGCCAUGGAUCAGGCAGUUUCGGGGACAGCUACACAAAUGCGAUAAGCGCAGGACACGGUGGUGGACCCUAUCAUAAGAAAUAAUCUCCACCGCAUUCCAACUAAGUCAUAGCUCCAUCAUGCGGUGAGGUCGAACCAGUAUUAAAAUACAAUUUGUUAUAGUGUAAAUAAUAAUAUAUUAUUAUUAAGUUAUUGUUUUGUUAAUGUUUUGAAGUAAA